AUCAAAGUACCACUGAAGAAGCAGCUUGGGGGGGGAAGAUAGCCGGCUAUUUCAGCUAGUGAAACCGAGAGUACGACCGCUGUGAGCUUGUUCCUCUUUUUACAAACUCAGUCAGAUGCGCACAGCUCAAACUUACUUGUACAAGCCCAGUGCGCCGAGCUCCGUCGCCCCGUCUGCAUCUUCAGCCAAACCAUAAGAAAGAAGUACCGUAAAGGGGAUGGAACCGACGAAAAAGAAAUGAGGAAUAUUCUUUACACGGUCAUCCGAAUCUAGAAGAGCACGAACAACCUCAGAAAUAACAGUCGAAGUAAUUUGGUUGAAGCACGAAAGUACCAUGGGCUGUGUGGGCUCAAAAAAGGAGCAGGAGCCUCUCAGCAAAGGGACGGGUAACGACGACCUUCAGAACCGCGCACAGACAGCCCAUUAUGUCAAAGACCCCACCGCAGGAAGGGCCGGGAUCAAAGCUAGCAAAGUACCAUCCAAUGCAAACUCUUCAGACGCUGAAGGAGAGAGUAUCGCCAUGGCACUGUACGACUAUGAGGCCAUUCAUGAAGCUGACCUUGGCUUCAAGAAGGGAGAUAAACUCAGAAUCUUAGAGGAAUCGGGGGAGUGGUGGAAAGCAAUGCUAAUCAGCUCAGGUCAGGAAGGCUUCAUCCCCUGUAAUUAUGUGGCCAAAGACACUCUGGAGGCUGAGGAGUGGUUCUUUAAGGGCGUGAGCAGGAAAGAUGCUGAGAGGCAGCUGCUGGCCUCUGGGAACAGAGUGGGGUCCUACAUGAUCCGAGACAGUGAGACCACCCAGGGCAGCUACUCUCUGUCUGUCAGGGACGGGGAUGUCAGGUCCGGUGACACCGUCAAACAUUACAAGAUCCGUACACUGGACAACGGAGGAUUCUACAUCUCUCCCCGUAACACCUUCAUCACCCUGCAGGAGCUGGUCAGCCACUACAAGAAGCAGGGAGAUGGCCUCUGCCAAACCCUCACCAACCCGUGUUUGAGCCUCAAACCUGAGAAACCGUGGGAGAAAGACGCCUGGGAAAUCCCAAGAUCAUCACUCAAACUGGAGAAGAAGCUUGGUGCUGGCCAGUUUGGAGAAGUCUGGCUGGCUACAUACAACAAACACACCAAGGUAGCAGUGAAGACCAUGAAGCCUGGCACCAUGUCAGUGGAAGCCUUCAUGGGUGAGGCCAACCUGAUGAAAAGUCUACAGCACGACAAGCUGGUCCGACUCAAUGCUGUGGUCAGCAAGGAGGAGCCGAUCUAUAUCAUCACUGAGUUCAUGGAGAAAGGUAGUUUAUUAGACUUCUUAAAGAGUGAUGAGGGCAACCGUCUCCAGCUCCCCAAGCUCAUCGACUUCUCUGCCCAGAUUGCAGAGGGCAUGGCCUACAUUGAGCAGAGGAACUACAUUCACAGAGACCUGAGAGCUGCCAACAUCCUGGUCAAUAAGGCUCUAGUGUGCAAAAUUGCUGACUUUGGCCUCGCUCGUAUCAUUGAAGACAACGAGUACACAGCCAGGGAAGGAGCAAAAUUCCCCAUCAAAUGGACAGCCCCUGAGGCCAUCAACUACGGCUCUUUCACCAUCAAAUCGGACGUCUGGUCCUUUGGCAUCUUGCUGACUGAGAUUAUCAGCUAUGGACGCACACCAUACCCAGGGAUGACCAACCCAGAAGUGAUCCGUUCCCUGGAGAAGGACUACCGGAUGAAGCGCCUGGACACCUGUCCCACCGAACUCUAUGAAAUCAUGCUGGAGUGCUGGAAGAACAAGUCUGAGGAGCGUCCCACCUUUGAAUACCUGCAGAGUGUCCUGGAGGAUUUCUAUACAGCCACAGAGAGCCAGUAUCAGCAGCAGCCAUGAGACUAAACGACCCCAGACAUGUUUUCUCUUAUAGUAAUGUUCUUUUCAUACUCAACAGCAAGUCCAGUUUCUACCUGCAGCAGUGCAAUUCAGAACACACACUUGUUCUCUCUUUACCAUUGUCUCUCCAUCUAUCUCUAUUUCUCUUUCACACACACAUAAUGCAUUGUAACAAGGGACUGUACAGUCAUUAUUGGGGAGGGUUAGAACUCUAUAAACUAUAUUAUUAGGAAGUUACACUUCCUAACAUUGUUUAAUACUUUCAUUGGGCCCUCUUCCCUUUGAAUGAGAACAUUUGAAAGUAAUAUAACCACAGAAGAGACAUUCAGGAAUGCAAAAUAUAGAAACGAUAUAUAUAUAUAUACAGUAAUUAUUAUUAUUAUUAUUAUUAUUAUUAUUACAUUAUGAGAACAUAAUCCUACCUCAUUAGGUCAGAGACACAGCACAACAGACGCUGUCUGAUGAUGUUCUGAAGGCUUGGUUACAGGCUAACAUGAACACAGCUGCAUCAGCUCCACUGGAUAUUUAUCUUAACAAAACUGACCAUAAAUCAUCUGGAUGCACAUUGUUUCCUUCACAGACAUCAACAAGGCAUUCCAUUGCAUUUUACAGUUGAAUAUUAAUGAAAAAUAUAUGUAAAUAAAUAAAAUGAUUUAAUUUAAUUAAAAAAAACGUUUAAAUACACAAGUAAAUAAAAACGUAAAACACAAAAACUGCUGGUAUGAAUAAGCAACAUAGACAAAUAAAACAAAAAUUGUAAAAGCUACAUUAAUGUUAAGAAUUUUAAAAUACACCAAAAGAAAUAAUAAUAAUAUAUAUACAUAUACAAUAAUAAAACAAAUGUGGCCCUUCACUUUGCUGUAAAGAAUUCGGACUACUUUUUCCUAAAUAAAUUAAAUAAAUAGCCAUCCCACUUUUCUACCCUCACCCCUCUUAUAAUGUUUGUACAGUCCCUACCAUUGGAAGAGCUUUGAAGGUGUUUUACAUAACAUGUACAUUAUGUAGGAGGCUGUAUACCAUGACUGUCUCACACACAACAUUCAAUUUUACACAAGUAUAAAUAUAUGGCCAUAUUCGCAAACAAACGAGGCCACCUGAAAGCAGUCGCAUGGAAAAGACUGGAUUUAGUUGUUAUGCUCCACCACACAUUGUGCAUCCAUCAAAGUAACAGAUGUUAAUGGUGAAAUAUGGGUUGAUGUCAACAACUCAGUAAGCAAAGCUGUGACUGUCCACUCCCCUCCUGUUAAACGUACAGUGUUUUACAUUGUGAAAGGAGAGUGUGGACUUUACAAAGUGCAAAUGAUACUGUAUGGCAUACAUAUGCUUAAAUCUUCUAUUUAUAUUCCAUAGAUAUGUUCCACUAUGCUGUGGAUUGUUUUAGCAUUACUCCCUUUAUUGUGCCUUUUUCAGCGGUUUCUUUUCUUUCAAACAUUUAUAAUAUAUUCCACACGCUCUGUGUAUACUGUACAAGGUGUAUACAAUUAAAUACAAUUAUUUAGGAAUAGCGUUUAAUGUGAAGCCAUAAUAACUGAUUAUGCUUCUUGAUUCUUGUGGCCCAUUAAACUUGUAUUUUUGUUUUGGGGAACAAUGAAAUGAAAAAAUCUUUUGGCCUUCUUUUUUUCUGUGUGAAAAAAAUAAUUUAUUUGUGCAAAUGGUACUGAACAUUAGUGUAUCUUGAAUGAUCUUUCCAAAAGUCUAUCAUUUCUAUAAUCUUUUAGUGAAAGACUAAUUGUAGGCCUACUUUACUCUUUUUUUUCUACACUGUUUGGAUAAUGUGAUUCUUGUAAUGUUGGAAUGUGUUAAAUUAACCAAAAUCCUAAAAUUUCAAAGGGAAUAUUUUCAAGUAUCUAAAAUGUUGUAAUUUCAUGAUUGGUAUUCAUUUAGAGAAAAUUGUGAGAAACAAUAUCUGUGAGAAGUUUUCUAUGGAACGCUGAUAUAGAGAUAUGAUGUGUGACAAUAUUGAAUCAAUGCCCAGCACUGUAUAUCUAUUCAUAGGGAUACUAAUGUUCUUGUGUCUUUAUCCAUAUUAAACUAUUUGCAUAUGUUGUUAGAUGCUUGGUACUGUGGGGUAUUUUCAAAUAAAUUGUUUUAUAAACAUUUA